AUGGAGGUGAGCCACUCGGUGAAGGAGCGGACCAUCUCUGAGAACAGCCUGAUCAUCCUGCUGCAGGGCCUCCAGGGCCAGGUCACCACCGUGGACCUGCGAGAUGAGAGCGUGGCCCACGGACGCAUAGACAACGUCGAUGCUUUCAUGAACAUCCGCCUGGCCCAGGUCACCUACACAGACCGUUGGGGGCAUCAGGUGCAGCUGGACGACCUCUUUGUGACAGGCCGGAACGUCCGUUACGUCCACAUCCCCGAUAACGUGAACAUCACCGCCACCAUUGAGCAGCAGCUGCAGAUCAUCCAUCGGGUGCGUUACUUUGGCAGCAAGGGGCAAGGCCGGCAGGAAUUUCCCUCCAAAAACUCUUGA